AAAUUCGGCUUUUGUUUGUUUGCCCGUUGAACCGGUAGUUGAUCAGGGUAACUCAGUGGGCAUCAAUGCUGCGCCUCUUAUGCGCAAACACGCAGCACGAGUUUUUAGGUAGUUGUGUUAGCUGAUGUUAGUCGACGGAAUCCUCGCCAUUCAUUUAUCUUAUUUUUAAAUAAUCUGUGCUUGGAAUAUUGUUUGAGGACUAGGACCGUCGCCUGUUUUCUGCAAAUAAAUAGUUAAUGAUUUUAGGUAGCACAUUAUUUCGGAAACGUUGGUCAGCCUAGGUAACUAGCCCGGCACAAGUUAAACUAGUUUAAGCAGCUGGUUAGCAGCUGAAACUAAAACCUAUAAAGUGUCAUGUACUGAACAAGGUAGUUGUGUAGUUACUGCAUUGUGUCACGGUAAAGAAAUGGCAGAGUUCAUUUCGCGAUUGAGCAUGUUUAGAUUCGGGUGGCAGGCUCUGAAACUGAGCAGGGCAGCGCAAAUGCGGCGCUACAGCAGUCCUUCCCAGUCCAGUCACAACUCUUUUGGUCUGCUUUUUGACAUUGAUGGGGUCCUGGUCCGUGGAAAAACCCCCAUUCCAGCAGCCAAGCAGUGCUUUAGGAAUCUGGUGGAUGGAAAUGGAAAAUAUAAAGUCCCGGUGGUCUUUGUGACCAAUGCCGGGAACUCUGUCCGGCAGACCAAAGCAGAGCAGCUCUCUCAUCUUCUAGAAGUAGAGGUGUCACCAGAUCAGGUCAUGUUGUCCCACAGUCCUUUACGGGUCUUCAGUCAGUUCCAUAAGACGUGUGUGUUAGUGUCUGGACAGGGGCCGGUUGUGGAAGUUGCACACAAUUUGGGCUUUCAGAAUGUUGUCACCAUUGAUAUGCUCCGAGAGGCGUACCCUCUGCUGGACGUGGUGGAUCACAAUCGCAGACCCAAGGACAUGGUUCCUCCAUCCAAGGAUCUCCAACCAAUUGAAGCUGUCAUUCUCUUUGGUGAGCCAAUCAGAUGGGAGACUAACCUUCAGCUGAUUGUGGAUGUUCUCCUGACCAAUGGGAAGCCAGGAAAUCCUGUGACAUCACCGCAUUACCCACAUAUCCCUGUGCUGGCCUGCAACAUGGACCUGUUAUGGAUGGCAGAGGCAAAGAGUCCUCGAUUCGGUCAUGGAAUGUUCCUGUUGUGCUUGGAGAGCAUCUAUAAGAAGAUCACAGGUUAUGACCUGCAGUAUGAGGCUCUGAUUGGGAAGCCCAGUGUGGUGACCUAUAACUACGCAGAGCUGCUGAUCAGACAGCAAGCAGAGAAGCUGGGCUGGACAAAACCUGUCCAAAGACUGUAUGCCAUUGGGGACAACCCCAUGGCUGACAUCUAUGGUGCAAACCUGUAUAACCGCUACUUGCAGUCAAUGCACCAUGGCAGGGCUCAGGUACAUGCACAAGGUGGCUCAGCCAGUCAAGUAGCGCAUGAUUUCCACUAUGAAACAGUUGAUGAUGCAAAAAAUUCAGGCAAGGUGUUGGUCGGGGGCUCAUAUGAGCACCGUCUACCUGAGAGCUGCAGCUCCAUCCUGGUGUGCACUGGCGUCUACAACAGGGAGCAGCAGGAACUCUCCCCUGAGCAAACAGUCACAGAGCAGCGCAUCUUCCAUGGGCAUCGGGAUUUCCGCUUCGAUCCAACCCUGACCCAGCCUUCAUUUGUAGUUCAGGAUGUAUUCGAGGCUGUGGAGCUUGUCUUCCAGCAAGAAGGCUCUAGUCUGCAAUAAACCAGAGGCUUCUAGACCUACCACAAGUACCUGUAUCUAAUUGUAAUACAGACAAUUAGAGAACAAAUCUGAACACCUCACACACUGCAGUGCACCUCCAGGUCAGAAAUGUAUACUGUAACGCAAAACAGUGGAUAAUGUGCUCAUUUUUUUAGGAUUUGUAGUGAUUACAAAUAGAAAGUGAACUGUUUUUAUUGAUAAUGUAUUAAUAAAACCAUAUUGUAGUUGGAGCAGUUCUACUUAUAAUGUAUUUUAAAUUAGAUGUCAUGUUUACCGUACUAUUUAUGUAAUGAUGGUUGCCUUU